AUGGCGAACGAGGAGAUCAACGUGCCUUCGCUGGUCCUGGUGCUAGUGGUCUCGGGCCUCAUCAUCCGAUACUUGUUCUUUUCGGCACCCACGGACGGCACUGCGGCCGGCGCCGGCGGAAGCGGGAGGGCAGCCGCCGGCCGCGGAGGAGAUGUCAGGGCGCGCGAGGCCGCCGUCGAGAGGAUACAGCAGAUGUUCCCGCAGGUCGACCGGCGGACGAUCCUUUGGGACCUGCAGCGGACGGGAGGUAACCUGACCGCCACUACGGAUAGGAUACUUGCCGGGAGACUGGAGACGCCCCCGGUCACGUUCCAACCGCCACCGCCCCCGCCGAGCGCCACGCCCGCACCGUCUACGGGCUCCUCCGCGGCGGCCGCCGCCAAGGCUGCCGACAAGGCAGUCCAGCCCGACCUGAUUACAAGAUACAAACUGCAGGACAAGCUUGAAAGCGCCGCAGCGGCGGAGGAGGAGAAGAGCGGCAAGGGUGGCAAGGCGUGGAGCACAAGCCGGGACGAGAGGCAGGCGCUGUUGCAGAGGAGGAGGGAUGAGAUGAUCUUAGCAGCCAGGAGGAAGAUGGAGGCCAAGAUUGCUGCGGAGAAGGCUGCUGCCGAGGCCGGUGGCGCCGGCAGCUCCUAG